CGUUUGAUCGCUCUCUCCUCUCCAACCCCCUUCUCCGAUACAUAAAAAGGAGAUCGCUGGGCGUUCCUCCCCCGAUUCAUGGUCGAUGAUGGCCUCGGCCCUGGUAAACAACGUCGGAGUCUCGCCGGAGGGCCUCCUCGACUGCCCGCCGGCGGCCUACUCCGCAUACGACUGGCUUAGCCCUCGGAUCUCGUUCAGCCACGACCUCGUUGACGGUGACCAGCUCGCCCCCGCCUCGGCCGCCGCCCCGGCGGAGUCUUCCUGUAAACCGCCAGAAAUAUGCGAGCCGGUGACCGCCAGCAAUGACCUGGUCGACUUCGAGUUCCGGCUCGACGAUCCCGUCGUGAUGCUGCCCGCUGACGAGCUCUUCUCUGACGGGAAACUGGUCCCGCUGCAGCCGGCACCGGCGGCGUCGAAGCUUCCUCUGGCGUCCUUCGACGAAAUCCGGUCGCCCGAGCCGCUCAAGUCGCGGCGGAGGGCGGAGAACGCCGUCGGAUUGGAUCCCUACGUCUUCUCUCCCAAGGCGCCGCGGUGUUCCAGCCGGUGGAGGGAGAUCCUCGGCCUCAAGAAGGCACAGACCCCGAAGCCCGAUUCCCGGAAGCCCGCCGUCGCCGCUUCCAAGAACGCGAACCCCAAAUCUCUGAAGCAUUUCUUCUACCGGGACCCUAGAUCGCCGCCGGCAGACUCGUCCUUCAGCCUCCCACUGCUCCACGACUUGGACUCAGAGUCGGUGUCCAUCUCCUCCCGGCCAUCCUCCUCCGGUCCCGACCACGAGGACCUCCCCCGGAUCUCCCUCGACUCCGAGAAGCCUGCGGCCCAGACCCCGAUCUCGCUAAGCCGGAACCCGCCGCGGGUCCGGGUGGGCCGGCCGAGAUCCGCCGCGGCCACCGCGGUAGGCGAAUCCCACCCACCGGCAAGGAUUGGCCGGACCCCGGUCCGACGGGUGGCGGACCUGGGGGCGGCGCCUCCUCCGCCGCGGGGUUUGUCUGUGGACAGUCCCCGGAUGAACCCGGCGGGGAAGAUCGUGUUCCAGGGCUUGGGAAGGAGCUCGAGCAGCCCUGGAAGCUUCCACGGCGGUCCGAGUGUCCGGCCCAGGGGGAUGGAGCGGUCUUACUCGGCCGUCGUGCGGGUCACCCCGGUCCUCAAUGUGCCGGUCUGCUCGCUCCGCGGCUCGGCCAAGUCGGUCUCGGUUUUCGCCUUCGGCCAGCUCUUUUCGGCCCAGAAGAAGGACCGGGACGGUUCGUCGACCGGUUCGCAUUCGUCGGGCCGGAGCGGGAGCGCUGGCGGGGCUAAGAUCAAGGGCGAGAGAUCUUCCAGAGAUUAGCUAUGAUGUUGAGUUUUCCUGAAGUACGCUGUCCGGUCUAUUUUGCCGUGGGUUUUGCGGUUCGGUCCGCUUCGCUCCGUGCGUGCUUCGAAUUCCUCCCGGUUCGCUGCGUGCUCGACGGUUGAAAGACGCGCACCGUAUUGGUACCGGUAUCAGCUUCAGAUUCUCUAACAUAUGCCGGCGGACAUGAUUUGAGGUAUUAUUAUUAUUAUUAUUACUACAUCACUAAGGAUAGUUUUAGUAGCAGAAUCAUUGUCAGAUUAAUUUUACUAUGUUAUUAAUGUUAACAUUAAUAUUAAAAAUAUAAUAUUAAUAUUAGUGGGUAAUUUUAAUAUGCUUAUUAAAGUGAAAAUUGUAUUACUGCUAUCUCUAUUAAUAUUAGUAUUAAUAGUUAUAGUUACUGUAAUAUUUAUAGUAUUAACGUCGGGAGUUGUGGAAAUCUACUGGUACAAGGGAAUUGAUGCGCGGAGAAACGAAUCAGAGGCUCAGCCGAAGCCCCUCUGCCUCAGCUGAGUAAUUUGGAUGCCAGUCUUGAAACAAUUUUAUUGGAUCGCUUACUUUGCGCUGUCUGAUCCAUCACAUCAAAUCAGGGGCGGCGCUGAUAAGGAGAAGACCGCCUGUCCUUUCUUGAUGUGAUGUGAUCUGACGGCCCUGAUUCUUCCGGUCCGUCUUUAUCCUAUCUCUCCAGCCCGGUACCAUGCGGAGGCCUCGGACCCUGCUGCGUUGGUAGGAGGCAAAAGACUACUGUUACUGAUAUAUUUAUACUUUCUCUCUGUAGUUGUGUAUUCUACAUACUUUGGCUGCUGGCGAGUGAGGAACAUGACACGGCCACGGGAAAACCAUUUGCGGCUUAGCCGUACAACAAUAUAUACGGUGAUUGCUUAUAUUAAGUGGAACUUUGUCACAUGCUGGGCCACAUGACCGUUGUCUCUUUGUGUUGUGGACUUGGGAUCCUGAUUGGUGGUACCAGCCGGUGGGCAGUUACGAGCAAGAUAACUGCAUCCUGCUUGUUCCAUGUGAAUGAAGAUAGAAUUGGUCUGCUAGGCUGAUAUCUUCUUGGCCUUUGGGAAGGUGUAUUCAGCUAUCACAAAUAGGUAGGGUAACAUUAGGUUGGCUUGAGCCUUAUGCGUCUCUUUCUGCAAUAUGACAUUACCUAAUAUCUCUUUAAUGCUAUUAUUUUGUUACACAA